AUGAUCGGUGGAAUAAAUGGUGCAAUGAAUGUUGAUCGAUUAGCACGAUGUAUCAUGUCCGAAGCAUCAAUUGGUAAUAGCAUUGAACAAACAGCUAUCGGUUUUGCUUGUCAACGAAAUUUAAAACAUGCUUCCAAUCAACGUCCAACGCCUAAGAUCACUCAACUAGCGAAAGAUAUUCUAGAAGGAAGAGUACAUGAUCCAACUAGAGGAGCAAAUCAUUGGUAUUCACCCUACUCAAUGCCAAAGGAGAAUGAAGAAAGAAAAUGUACGCGACCUAUUGGCACUGGUCAUAUGGAUUGUAAAGGAGGACUGGAGCAAGCUUGUGAUAGAAAAAAGAAUUAUAAACCAAGUUGGGCUGAUUCUAACAAACAAGUAGACAUUUCAGGUGUGCGCGCCUGUCGUUACAAAUUUUUUAAACUCUAA